GAGCUAUCGAGGGGGCUAUGGAAUCCAUUGUAUUAAUCGCUAAGUGAGGUCACAGGAAGAAAACUCCAACCACGUUGUUUGCAGAGGAAGCCAUUUUGGAUAUUCGAUCACCUCAUAAUCAGUUUGAUGUAGGACACUGAUGUAGUAUUCAGAGGCAGUCAUUACAUAGUGGGGAUUUGAUAACAGCAAAGACGCUGAGGAAUUCUGCAGAGAGAAGCACCGUUUAGAGAGACUAGAAAGAAGCGAGCUUCAAAGCGAAAAAUGGCUGAACAAACUGCUUCUACUAGGACUGUUGUUAUUGCAGUUACUAUCAGCGAACACAGCCAACGUGCUUUUGAGUGGUACAUUGAAAAUAUUCACAAAAGUGAUGAUCACGUGAUCCUGUUCUACUGUCAAGCCCCACUUGAACAACCUGCAGAUCCAUAUUCAACUCAUACUCUCGACUGGCAAAAGAAAGUAAGAAAGCACGAUGACGAACAGAAGGAGUUUAUAAAGUUUUAUACGAACAAGUGCAAAGAAUUUUCGCAAUCAGCAAAAAUAAAAAUAGAGAACCACCACAGAUCAGGAGAACAUAUCUGCGCUUUUGCAGAAAAGCAAAAUGCAGCUUACAUUGUCAUCGGUAAACGUGGCUUGAGCUCAAUUCGCCGAACCCUGAUUGGUGGAGUUAGUGAUCACGUGCUAUCUCAUUCAAAUAUUCCAGUUGUUCUUGUACCUCAUGCGCAUGCGCAUCAUCAGUGAAAUAUACCGCUGUAAAAUCAUGCAAAAUGGUUAUUAAUGAAUUAAGACAAGCACUUUACUAUAUCUAGCUAGGUAGUGUUGUAUAUUUGCACCGUAUGUUCGUUAUGAGUUUUUAACUUGAAGUACGUUGAUUUGUGACAAUUGGAAGUCGCGGUCUCAAAGUGGACAGAGAUAAACAAUUUAAUCUGGUGGCUCAACCGCGCCUUUUUUUAUUGGAUGAUUUUAGGGAGUGGGUGAUGUUGUUAUGAUGAAUCCAGGGUUCGCCCGCUUUGUACGUCGUCGGGCAACAGUUUUGACUCCUACAUAUAAUAGGUAUAUUCCCUAGUAUAAGAUAAUCAUAUUUCCGGGUUUAUAUUUGAAAUUAUAUGUUAUUAAUAGUACUAAUAAUCCUUGAUAAUACUAAUAUUACUAAUUACGAUACUAAUAAAGAUUAAUAGUUCUUAUUGUAAUAAAGAAUAGCUUUAAUAAUAAUACUAAGUAAAUUCUAAUAAUUAUGGACAUAUGAUUCGAGAUAAUAUUAAAAAUACUAAUAUUCACUUGAACCCGUUCCACGUACUUUUUUCAAAGGGUGGCCAUUUGAUAAACUAACAUAUUUUUCUUUUAUUGUGGCUGUGCGUUGGCGCGCGGUUGCUUGGUGGGUGUGGAUAAUUUUCCAUUUUUUAGUAAAAACACAACUACGCAUAGUAGAUUUUAUGUUAAUUAGGCGUGCGCUUGAUGUUGCUAUUUCAAAAAUUUACGAACCCUCUGAUAAAACUCUAGAAGCGUCUGUAAUUCACAAAUGCGCAAAAAGUUUUUGUGUUUUCUUCCUUUUAAAUUCCCCUUUUCCCCCACUUUCCAUUCUCAAUUUUUAACAUCUACUUCCAAUCUAAAAUACUAAGUAACACUGCUUGAUACUUUUCAUUUUUUCUUUAUUAAUUCACUUUCUCCUUUAGACUUGUAACUUUUUGUAUAUUUCCAUAACCUGAACAAUAAUUAGAAACUGAAGGCUAGGGGCUAACCAAUUAACUUCCCAGUUAACCCUCACUAGGCUCUCAAUGCUUUUAAUUGCGUACGUACAAUAUUAUAUAUAUAUAUGUUAUACAUAUACUUAAAACCCUCAUUUACUGUACUAUUAGCAAAAGUUGUAAACUUUCAACUACAUGAGCGAAAUAAACUCUAACUAUCUAUUU